AUGCCUUUUCGUCCCCUCCACUCCAACAGCCUUGGCCGUGUCCCCAUCAUCCUCAUUGUCAACACUGCAAACAAAACAAACACACAAUACAACACAACACAACAGAGCUGCCGCCGGUCCCCCCAUCCGUCACGCCCGCCCUCCCGCUAUCGCUACUCUCUCUCGCGCGCGCUCUGUGUAGCAGCAGUACUCGUACUGGUAAUUAAUUACCGUUCGAAUCACCCUCUACCUGCCAUCCCGUCCCCCGCGAGCUCCAGAGUAAUUUAUCCACUGUUACCCAUCGGCCGUUUCCACGCGUUUGCAUCGAUCCCUGCUGUGCCCCCCGGACACAUACCGCGAAAUUAG